GCGUUUUUAUCAGGUCAUGUCAAGGGGUCUUUUGCGUGAUUAUGAGGAGGAGAGCUGUUACCAGCAUCUGUUUUCGAGGGUAGUCGAACCCUUUGGGUUUUUGUAGUUAGGUUCUGUUAGUAGGUCCAUCUCCGCACUUUUGCUUUUUGCUCUGCGUUCAUCCGACGAAGGAAUGGCGGAUUGGAAGAUACCAGUGAGUUACAACUUCAACCCAUCUUAUCAUGCGUAUGCAUACGGGCUCAUGUACCCGCAGGUGUCUGAGCACGGCCACCCGAAUCUGAGCUGGGCCGACGCCGCGUACAGUCACUCCGGUGGGGUCACCGCGAGCUAUUACUCCGCUCAAACCGCACAGCAGUCUCCACCCUGGAGCCCGGAGAACGGCGGUACGAGCAGCUACGGCAACUACCCGAGCCACACGCAGAACGGACGGCUCUUCCUGUCCUAUAAGACUGAGCCCGAUCCAAAAGCCACAGAGGUAGAGCAGGCCGGCAGCGAUACACCCAGUGACUCAGAGGCCCAUACGCCAGAUUCCUGGAGCUCAGGGAGCAGUCAUGAGGGGGCCGCUCUAACCAACCUCAAUCUCCCGUCCUGGAAAGAUCGGGACUAUGAAACAGACGGUGGCAGUCCUGACAGCGCAGAACAGAUCACAAACUCUGUCUCCACUGCAGGAGAGGAGCCAGUGAGUCAAAAUUUGGGGGGGGAUGCCUUGCUGCCUCUGCCCAAUCUGACCCCAUCUCCAGCCCCAUCUCCAGCCCGACCUCCAGCCCAGCCUCGCAAAACCCGGGCUGCCUUUUCUGAGGAGCAGAUGAAUGCUCUCAUCCACCGGUUUAAUGUCCAGAGAUACCUCACGCCUGCAGAGAUGAAGACGCUUGCUGGAGCCACGGGAUUAACGUACAAACAGGUGAAAACAUGGUUUCAAAACCGUAGGAUGAAACUCAAGAGGCAUCAAAGAGAUAGUAGUUGGAUGACCGAGAGAUAUGUCGUUAAUGGCGUACCCAACACACCAGUUGCUCAUUCUCCGUUUCAGACUGAAACCCCUCGUGCAAACCAAGACCACUACAGUAACCCUCAGGUGAGAGAGUCUCUGUUCAAGAGGAGUCCUCCACAAACGCCCUUCUACCCCAGCUACCCACAGCCACGCUCUCCUACCCAGGCCACCGUGAGACCCCCGGGAACCUGGCCUCUGCCCCCAGCUGUGACGCACUAUGAGUUCCCCAACCCUACUAGCUACAUGCAAGCCCGUGAUGGCGGCAAUGCAGUGAACAAGGGAAACAGCCCUACUCAAAUGGCAUCCAUGCCUAGUACCGCCCAGUGGUCAACAAAAGGAAUGACUUUGCUGUGAGUCUGGCUGCUUGUUGUGUGUGUAUAUAUUCAUCGCCUUCAGCCCCGCAGCCCUGGGUGUUUUUGUAAAUAUUUUAUUUUUUGGCAACAAACUGUUGGAUAUUUUUAUGCAUUGGUGCCAUGGGUUGCCAUUUGGGGCCAAGUGAGACAUGUCUCAAGAUUUUUUUUUUUUUUUUUUUUUUUUUUUUAAAACAGCGCAUUUUAUACCGAGAUCUAUUUUUAUAACUUCACUGUACCUUCCAGAGUAUUUAAUACCUUGAUCCCUCUGCUCUUCCAGGUGCCUGUUUUCUUUUUGAUUUAGUCAAUUUUCUUGAUUUCCAUGAAUUUGUAUGCAAGGCACUGCUCCACAUCUGAUGUGAACAAGAAAAGGUUGUCUGUACUGCACUAUUUUGUUCUGUGUAUCAACUUCCCUGCGUUUCACUGCUUUCUGUAUGUGAUCUGUUACAUUUUGUGCAUUUUUAUGAAAUUCUUGCUCACCUGUAUCUGGUCUCUUGUGAUUGACACAAGCUUAUGCUUGUAAAGUACUCCUGCCCACAAAAAACAGUUCUUUGUUGACCCGGUUGAGCAAUAAAUGUUUAUCUGUUCCUAAAUUUUA